AUGGGAUCUACUCGCGCUGCGGUCCCCAAGCCGGGCCCGGCGAAGCUCACAUCUGGCGCCGGUCUGGACGAGUGGUUAGAAGAAGCGAAGCAGUGUCACUACCUGCCCGAGCCCGUUAUGAAGGAACUGUGCGAGCAGGUGAAGGAAGUCCUGAUGGAAGAAUCCAACAUCCAGCCUGUCGUAACCCCCGUAACUAUCUGCGGUGACAUUCACGGCCAGUUCUACGACCUGCUUGAGCUGUUUCGCGUCAGCGGUGGCAUGCCUGGACAACCUGCAACCGAGCCUCCCGCCAGUGCGAGUACGGUUAUCACUUCAGACGAUAUCGAGCCGCCGACCGAGAUUACCGACCCCAAGCUGAAGAGGAAGAUUAAGAAGACCAGGGACCCGGAAGAUAUCAGCACCAUCCUUGGCGAAUCUGCCGUUGUGGACACAGAGGAUGAGGACGCUACUGAGCUUGGAAACACCUCUGGAGAGAUAUCGCGGCCCGUCGACAAUGCAGACAAUCGUUUCGUCUUUCUGGGAGACUUCGUCGACCGUGGCUAUUUCAGUCUUGAGACAUUCACGCUGCUAAUGUGCCUGAAGGCCAAAUACCCCGAGCGCAUCAUCCUCGUACGCGGAAACCACGAGUCCAGACAGAUAACGCAGGUCUAUGGCUUCUACGAGGAAUGUCAACAAAAGUACGGCAAUGCAUCCGUGUGGAAGGCAUGUUGUCAGGUCUUCGACUUCCUUGUGCUGGCAGCUAUUGUCGACGGCGAAAUCCUCUGCGUGCACGGAGGUCUCAGUCCUGAGAUUCGCACCAUCGAUCAGAUUCGGGUGGUUGCUCGAGCCCAGGAAAUUCCUCACGAGGGAGCCUUUUGCGAUCUUGUCUGGAGCGACCCUGAAGACGUCGAGACAUGGGCUAUUAGCCCGCGAGGCGCAGGGUGGCUCUUUGGUGAUAAGGUUGCCACGGAGUUUAACCACGUCAACGGUUUGAAACUCAUCGCUCGCGCUCACCAGCUCGUCAACGAGGGAUACAAGUACCACUUCCCACAGAACUCGGUAGUGACGGUUUGGUCUGCUCCCAACUACUGUUACCGCUGCGGAAACGUGGCAUCCAUCAUGACGGUAGAUAAGAACCUUGACCCCAAGUUCAGCAUCUUCUCUGCCGUACCCGACGAUAUGAGGCACGUGCCCGCUGGACGGCGUGGGCCUUCCGACUACUUCCUAUAG